AUGUCCACCAGAGCAGCCCAAGUGGAAGAAUACGGCUGGGGAGCUGUGCCCAUCAACCCCAAGUGGUUCGCUCCUACCAAGGCUCCAACUCCCCAGCUCGUCAAAGACAAGCCUCUCCCUGGCACUCAGGUCGCCAAAGCAGCCCUGGAGUACGCCAAGGCAGAGCUCCCCGCGCAUACCUUCAACCACAGCAUGCGCGUUUUCUACUACGGCCUCGCUAUCGCCAGACAACACUUCCCCGCCUGGAAAUUCAGCGACGAAACCUGGCUUCUCACCUGUCUGUUCCACGACAUUGGGACUAUCGACAAGUACACCCGCGACGUGUUCAUGUCCUUUGACAUCUACGGUGGUGUCGUGGCCCUGAACGUCCUCAAGGAACAGGGUGCUCCGUCGCCGCAGGCUGAGAGCGUGGCGGAGGCAGUCAUGCGGCAUCAGGAUUCGGUCCGUGUUGGGACGAUUCAUACGGUUGGGUUGUUGAUUCAGUUGGCUACGCAGUUUGAUAACGUCGGUGCUCACAAAGAGUAUGUCCAUCCCGACACCGUCAAGGAUGUUACUGGCCAUUACCCGCGCCGCCAGUGGUCCAAGUGCUUCUCGAGCAAGUUGAGGGAGGAGAUUGGGCUGAAGCCUUGGUGCCAUACUACCGCUGAGGGUGAGAGCUUUCCGCAUGAUAUCGAGCACAAUGCUCUGAUGGAGCCGUAUGAUGGAUUGUUUUAA